AUGAAAUAUAGCUCAUUGGAAUCGCCUCAACAAGACGAAUCUAAUGCUAUUGAAGAAAUUAGAAAUGCUCAGAAUAAUAUUCCAGAUGCUCGGCAUAUUAUGUGUAAAAAGCAUCGUAUAGGAUCAACAACAUAUCAAAAAAUAAUUGAUAAUAAGAGGCCUCCUAAACCUACCGAGGAAUGGUGCAGAAUCAUAGAAUCUGUCAGCAUCUCUGACCAGAUUUCAGAAAAUAAUCAGGAAUCUUUACAUAAUACUUCCUCCUCUACUAUCAUACAAGAAGAUGGGAUCACUCAUAUGGAAUAUCCUAUGGAUAAUGAGAAUGAUGCAAAUUCUAAUAGUCUGAAUACAGUAACUAAUGGGCGAAAAGAUAAAGUUAGUCAGAAAAAAAAGGCUAGUAUAAAGCCAAAAGAUGAAUUUUCUUCUGCAGAUAAAGUAGCCAAUUCUUUUAAAGAUGAUACAUCUAGACGGGAAUUUGAUCUUAAUAAAUUAGUAAAUAUUACUAGAGAAGCUGUCAUGCAUAAGAUCUAUUCUCAAUAA